UAUUUUUUUUGAGCCAAAAUAUAAUCCUAAAAUUAGUUUCUCAUAUUUGACAAUAGUCUAUAAAUAAGGUCACAGCCUCGUCUCUUUUUCUGCCCCUCCCUCUCUGUUCACCAUUCAUCACCACCUUACCGUCGGAUUCUCAGCUCUUCUCGGCGAAGAUUGUCUCACUUUGCAAUCAAUACAAAUAGAAGUUUUUAUUAUCAAUAUUCAGUUUUAAAUAUGUCUGGAGAAGAGGAAGAGAAUGCUGCUGAGCUCAAAAUUGGAGACGAGUUUUUGAAGGCCAAAUGUCUAAUGAACUGUGAAGUUGCGCUCAUUCUUGAACGUAAAUAUGAUCAACUUCAACAGAUGUCUGAUGAUCCACUAAAUCAAGUUUCUCAGGUGUUUGAGAAGUCACUGCAGUAUGUAAAGCGGUUUAGCCGCUACAAAAAUCCUGAUGCCGUUAGACAAGUGCGAGAAAUUCUAAGCAGAUAUCAAUUGGCUGAAUUCGAGCUUUGUGUGCUUGGCAAUCUCUGUCCUGAAACUGUGGAAGAAGCUAUUGCUAUGGUACCAUCUAUAAAGACCAAAGGAAGGGCACACGAUGAUGAAGCUAUUGAGAAAAUGUUGAAUGAUUUAUCAUUAAUCAAGAAAUUUGAGUAGCGGUUUGAUCUGCCCCAGGUUAUUUGUCUUUCAAAGUAGAAGUUUUCUAUGCUUGUAUUACUAAUAUCAUUUAAGAAAUUUAGAAUUGGAAGAGCUUUGCAUGAGCGGACUGGAUGCUUUGUUAAUGAGACCAUCCUCUCUUUGUUUGAAUGUAUAUUGGUUCUCAUCUUAUUCAUUCGAGGGCAAUUUAGAAACAGGGACAAAGAACAAAGGCUCUUCUAUUCUAAACUUGGCAAAAUGCUUAAGAAAAUUUGUUACUAUAAAUUGAGAUUCGAGGUCAAA